CUUAAUGUGGCUUGCCUUUGCCCAAAUACGGUUUUAUUUUGAAAUGUUGGCAGGAAGUUGUAUACCGUCACAUGGUAGUAUCAAGUAUAAGGCAUGUAUACAAAAAACUUUGAGCCUUAAAGAAGGCAGGCAUGGACAGCCAGGAUGAGGAGGAUAGCUGUGUCUACCCGAACCUAGGUCCACUCACCAGUGAGAUCAGAGCCAAGAUGGAACAGUUUGUGGAGGAACAGACUGAAUCCAGUUUGUGGAUUGUUGUUGUGGUUGGAGCUGUGAUCACUGUCUCUGUUCUGGGAGUUGUUGUGCUGUUUCUCUACAGAAGAUACAAAAAAUCAAAGGAAGAGGCCGGCGUUCCUCACUACCGCUUCAGAAAGAGGGACAAGGUGAUGUUCUACGGCAGGAAGAUCAUGAGAAAGGUUCAGACAUUGUCCACAACUCCUGCAAACAAUUCAAACUCAGCUUCACGGCAGAGAGUAAGGAAGAGGACCAAAGUCCUGUCCAUAGCACGAAAGAUUCUGCGCAUCCGGAAGGAACCGCCCACCCUGCAGCCCAAAGAGCCCCCUUCGUGUUUGCUCGAAGCUGAUCUCACUGAGUUUGACGUGCAGAACUCCCACUUGCCCUCGGAGGUGCUCUACAUGCUGAAGAAUGUCAGGGUGCUGGGCCACUUUGAGAAGCCUCUCUUCUUGGAACUCUGCCGCCACAUGGUGCUGAUCCAGCUGCACCAGGGGGAGGGGCUCUUCCGACCUGGUGACACUGAUGACAGCAUUUAUGUUGUUCAAGAUGGCCGCCUGGAGCUCUGCAUCCAUGAGAGUGAUGGGACAGACGCGGUUGUGAAGGAUGUCUUGCCAGGAGACAGUGUCCACAGUCUGCUCAGUAUCCUGGACAUCAUCACCGGUUACCCGGCUCCUUAUAAAACAGUGUCUGCCAGGGCUGCAGUUCCGUCCACCGUCCUGCGUCUUCCAGCUGUGGCCUUUCAGACUGUCUUUGAAAAGUACCCAGAGACUUUGGUCCGCGUCAUUCAGAUUAUUAUGGUGCGUCUCCAGAGAGUAACCUUUCUUGCCUUACACAACUACCUUGGCCUUACCACAGAGCUUUUCAACCCGGAAAGUCAGGCUAUAUCUCUGGUGUCUGUAGCCAAUGUUCUGGGUGAGGCUCAUCAACACAAAGGGUUUCGUCGGCAGCUGUCCCACUCUGAAGACACAGGCUCUGAAAAAGCUGAUGCAGAAAAGUUCAGCGUCGGGGACAUAGCUACAGCUAAAUAUAAGAAAUCUAACUCCAUGCAGGGCUCAGGUGAUGGCCCUCCCGAGGUUACCAGAGUGUUUGAUCAGACUCAGUCUGCCAAAGAAGAGUUUGUGAACCAAGGCUCUGUUAAGUCUAUCCUGAAGAAGAGUGUGACUGUGCAGCACUCUCCUUCUGCUGUUUAUCACUAUGGUGAACCUGGAGGAGGAGCUGUCCACCACAGCAAAGUCAACGUCAUCUUCCAGGCUGCUAAGAAGGAUCUGCUGCAGGUCAUCCAGCUGCAGGACCCCAGUCUGUUGGAAGGAAGGGUCACCCUCCGUCAGGUCAAAGCUGGGUGUGUGGUAGCCCAUCAAGGAGAUCAAGAUGUGAGCGUGGCAUUCGUCAUCUCAGGGCUGCUCCAUGUCUACCAGCGUAUGAUCGACCGCGAGGAAGAGAGCCUGCUCUUCGUCACCCACCCGGGAGAGAUGGUGGGUCACCUGGCCGUCCUCACAGGAGAGCCCCUCAUCUUCACCGUGCGAGCCCAGCGAGACUGCACCUUCCUCUCCGUAUCCAAGGCCCACUUCUACGAGAUAAUGCGGGAGGAGCCGAGGGUGGUGCUGAACGUAGCUCACACGGUGGUGAAGAGGAUGUCAUCGUUUGUCAGGCAGAUCGACUUUGCCCUGGACUGGAUGGCCGUAGAGGCUGGCCGCGCCGUCUAUAGACAAGGAGACAAGUCAGACAGCACCUUCAUCGUCCUCAGCGGUCGGUUGCGCUCUGUCAUCGCCAAGGAUAACGGCAAGAAGGAGUUGGCUGGGGAGUAUGGCCGCGGCGACCUAAUUGGUGUGGUGGAGGCCCUGACACACAUGAAUCGAGCCACCACGGUCCACGCUGUCAGGGACUCGGAGCUGGCCAAGCUGCCUGAAGGAGCGCUGAACUCCAUCAAGAGGAGAUAUCCUCAGGUGGUCACCAGGCUGAUCCAUGUGCUGGGACAGAAGAUCCUGGGCAACAUGCAGCAGGUCAACGGGCCUCUGACCGGUCGUGGCCUGGGCCUCCACACGCCCACCAGUAAGUGGGAUGCUGGGAAUCCAGCCUCUAAUCUGUCCACUGUGGCCAUCCUGCCGGUGUCGGACGACGUUCCUCUCACCACCUUCACCCUGGAGCUCCAGCAUGCUCUCAGUGGCAUCGGCCCUACCUUACUGCUGACUAGUGACAUCAUCAAACAGAGACUGGGCUCUGCUGCCCUGGACAGUGUCCAUGAGUACCGUCUGUCCAGCUGGCUUGGCCAGCAGGAAGACAUCCACCGGAUAGUCCUCUACCAGUCCGACUCCAGCCUCACACCCUGGACCCAGCGCUGCAUCCGUCAGGCCGACUGCAUCAUCAUUGUGGGGUUGGGGGAGCAGGAGCCCACUGUGGGCGAGCUGGAGCGGAUGCUGGAGAGCAGCUCAGUGCGAGCCCAGAAGCAGCUGGUGCUGCUGCACAGGGAGGACGGCCCGCCGCCCAGCGGGACGGCCGAGUGGCUCAACAUGCGCAGCUGGAUCUCCAGACACCACCACCUGUCCUGUCCCCGCAGAGUGUUCUCCAAAAGGAGCUUACCCAAGCUGAGAGAGCUGUACGAGCGUGUGUUUGAAAAAUGUCCAGAUCGUCACUCUGACUUCUCCCGCCUGGCCAGGAUCCUGACAGGAAACAGCAUCGCCUUGGUCCUGGGUGGAGGCGGUGCCAGAGGCUGCUCUCAGAUCGGCGUGCUGCGGGCGCUGAUCGAAGCCGGGAUCCCCGUGGACGUGGUGGGCGGCACCUCCAUCGGCUCCUUCAUGGGAGCGCUGUACGCUGAGGAAAAGAGCAGCAGUCGGAUGAGGGUCCGAGCUCGGGAGUGGGCUAUGGGAAUGACGUCGUACUUCAAGAAGAUCUUGGACCUGACCUACCCUGUGACCUCCAUGUUCUCUGGAGCCUCCUUUAACUACAGCGUCAGCUCCAUCUUCAAGGACAAACAGAUAGAGGACCUGUGGUUGCCGUACUUCACCAUAACAACAGAUAUCACCGCUUCCUCCAUGAGGGUCCACACUGAUGGUUCACUGUGGCGUUAUGUCAGAGCCAGCAUGUCGCUGUCUGGUUAUCUGCCACCUCUCUGUGAUCCCAAAGAUGGACACUUACUCAUGGAUGGAGGGUACAUCAACAACCUUCCUGCUGACGUGGCUCGCUCUAUGGGUGCCAAGGUUGUCAUCGCCAUUGAUGUUGGAAGCCGGAAUGAAACCAGUCUGACCAACUACGGCGACAGCCUGAGCGGCUGGUGGCUGCUGUGGAAACGAUUGAACCCUCUGGCUGAAAAGGUCAAGGUUCUGAACAUGGCCGAGAUCCAAACACGUCUGGCGUACGUCUGCUGCGUGAGGCAGCUGGAGGUGGUCAAAGACAGCGACUACUGUGAAUACAUCCGGCCGCCCAUCGAUCGAUAUGGAACGCUGGAUUUUGGCAAAUUUGAUGAAAUUGCUGAGGUGGGGUACCAUCAUGGUAAGACUCUGUUUGACGUGUGGCACCGCAGCGGAGUGGUGGACAGCAUGCUGCGGGACAGACACCAGGAGGAGUUCCAUAAAACCACGACUGGACAUGUGGUCACGUGUCCCAACGCCUCCUUCACCGACCUGGCAGAGAUCGUGUCCAGAAUUGAGCCAGUGAAGAACGCUCUGAUAGACGAAGAACCAUCUGAUGAGUACCAGACUGACUACGACGAGGAGGCCGUGGAAAGCGCUCUGUCUGACUUUGAGGCCUUCACUCCAGGCAGCGAACACACUGAGGGAGAGGAGACGGCUGAGACUGAUGAAGAAGUCCCCGUCCAAGUCAGACACCGGCUCCAGAACGCCUCUCAGAAUACUCACCUUUGACCUCCUUGGAACCACAUGAAACUUAUUUCAGAGCGGGGAGGAGUCAGCUGGUGUCGUCCUGGUGGACCUGAGCAGGACCGGCCCGCUUCCACUGGGAAGGAGAGGAGAGGUUGUUAGUUUGAUCCUGAACUCCUCUGUGUGUGCUGGACCUCAUGCUGACACUGGUGUGAUGACCAGUGUGUGCCUGUAGGAAGAAACGGCUUGCUGUCAUCAACACAUGAAGUACUGCGUCCAACAGAAAACAAUUUUAUACACAUCAUUUAUUCACAUAACUAUCAUAGUCUGUUUAAUGAAAAGUCCAGUCACUAUUCUGCUUUUAACCUUUGACCUGUUGGAGCUGCAGCUACGAUUCAAAUUAUUCAUCAUUCAAUUUCACAAAACUUCUACUUAGGAUGAUCACCUUCAUUUAUAUUCUGAUGCUUAUUCUGUGGAAAAACUGUAAACAUGAACCAGAAGUCUUCAAACGUCACGCAGACCUGUUCAGAAGAAAUACUAAAUAUCUUUAAAGCUGCAAAAUGUAACUUUUAUUAAAUAAAUAUAUGUUUUUUACAUAUUUGCUAAAACUGUCUCAGCGUUGUCUCUCAGUAUAUGAUACAGAUAAUCUUUAAAAAGAUGGAUGUCCUCCGCCUCUUCUCUAAGCUUCUAUUGUAGUACUUAGAAAUGCAACGCUCUGACUAAAAACAACCAGUCAGAGCCAGGAGGAGGGGCUUAGCGCUGACAAUCAACCUUUUGUACUCUGCUUAGUGUGCUAAUGGCAGAGAAACAAGUUAGUGUUACUGGAAAACUGUUGAGCAGCCAUGCUAGCAGCGUUAGCACUAACAACAGGCUAUGCUAUUAGGAAGAAGCUGCUGCGUCGCACCCUGUGUAUGAACAUCAAACAGAGGCUGAUUGACAGCACUAAGACCCGCCUACUGGCUCUGAUUGGUUAUUUGAAGCUCGACCUUUUCACAGAUUAUCUGUCUCAUAACAUACUGUCAUGGGAUGGCGACAGUUUCAACAAAAAUGUAAAUAAAUAUGUUUUAUAAAAGUUAUUAACUGCAGUUAUUUCAGUACAACGCCUUUCCUUUUCUGUUUCCACAUUUUGUUUUGUUGAACAUGAAACUUAACAAUGUUCUGUCUGGACUUAAUGUAACAGAGCAAUGCAACAACUGAUUAAACCCCCUUCACUGUGAAAACUGCAUAUUGUUUACAGUUUGGUUUACAUAGCCCCUCUUUAUUUAGGCAACAGAUUGCUUCUGACAAAGUUACUCUUGUGACCUAUGAACUUUAUUUUGUCAACAGUUUGCGGAGCUUCUUCCUUUUUCAGCUUGUGAAAUGUGUAAAAAGAUUUUCCAUAUUUACUAAAUCAGCCCCGCUAAAUGUGUAGAAUCUCAACUUUGUCACUGAUGAGCUGUUGUAUCGAAAGCUCUGAUUGGUUUGGCUGCAUUCAGCUCAAUUAACCUGAAUGAACUGCAGCUCAGUGAAUUCAGCAGCAUUAGCAGCUCAACCUAUGCAGCCUUUACAUGUCCUGGAUUCCUUUAUAUCAGCAAUGUGUUAAAGUUGCGUUACGGAUUAUGAAGUUGACAAAACGUUUUGUAUUGUAGUUUGUGCUGCAGCUCUGCUCACGUAGCGUUAUUGCAACACACUGCCAGAUUGUCGUGACAAUGUGAAUCUUAGUUGAGCUUCGUUUUCCUGCCAAACACAGCAGCCGUUUUGUUUUCUGCUGACUGGAGUUUGACCCAAAGCCGAGCUUUACGACUGGAAAACAAAACUAAAUGUUGGAGCUCGGAAAAUACCUGAUGCCAGUGUUACCCAUUCUGUGUUUGACGUUAUAAAAUGCUAACUUUAACACUUGUAAAAACUCAACUUAUAUCUGUUGUCAUACAUUUUUAAGUGACCUAACAUAUGAUGAUAUAGGCGGACUGACUGUUUUGUGAUGCAUACUAUGACGACUGAAAUGAAACCGUUGCUUUAUGUAAAAUUAAACUGAUAACUGUAAGGAA